GCCAUGGCGGCGCACCUUAAGAAGCGGGUGUAUGAAGAAUUCUCUAAAGUGGUUCAGCAACCACAGGAGGAAAUUGCUACUAAGAAACUGCGACUGACAAAACCAAGUAAAUCUGCAGCACUCCACAUAGAUCUGUGUAAAGCUACCUCCCCAGCAGAUGCUUUGCAAUACCUACUUCAGUUUGCCAGGAAGCCUGUUGAGGCCGAAAGUGUGGAGGGAGUAGUCAGGAUUCUCCUGGAACAUUAUUACAAGGAGAAUGAUCCAUCUGUGAGACUGAAAAUUGCAUCAUUGUUGGGUUUAUUAUCAAAAACUGCAGGAUUUUCACCAGACUGCAUUAUGGAUGAUGCUAUUAACAUCCUACAGAAUGAAAAGUGUCAUCAAGUCCUAGCCCAACUGCUGGACACUUUGCUUGCAAUUGGCACUAAACUACCAGAAAAUCAAGCUGUCCAGAUUCGAUUAGUUGACGUAGCAUGCAAGCACCUCACAGAUACCUCUCAUGGUGUAAGAAAUAAGUGCCUACAAUUACUUGGCAAUCUUGGGUCUUUGGAGAAAAGUGUCACAAAAGAUGUAGAAGGCUUAGCUACCAGAGAUAUCCAGAAAAUUAUAGGGGAUUACUUCAGUGACCAAGAGCCACGUGUCAGAACAGCAGCUAUAAAAGCCAUGUUGCAGCUCCAUGAAAAAGGACUGAAAUUACAUCAAACGAUUUAUAGUCAGGCCUGUAAAUUGCUCUCUGAUGACUUUGAACAAGUGCGCAGUGCUGCGGUCCAGCUCAUCUGGGUUAUCAGUCAGCUCUAUCCUGAAAGCUUUCACAGUUUUUUGGUGGUAUCUGUGGGCUCUAUGGAGCAAGUCAGUUCUCAUUUCUUGGAGCAGACCCUUGACAAGAAGCUGAUGUCAGAUCUGAGGAGGAAACGCACCGCACAUGAGCGUGCCAAGGAACUUUACAGUUCAGGGGAGUUUUCCAGCGGCAGGAAGUGGGGAGACGAUGCUCCCAAGGAAGAAGUAGAUACUGGGGCUGUGAACUUGAUUGAGUCAGGAGCUUGUGGAGCUUUUGUUCAUGGAUUGGAAGACGAGAUGUAUGAGGUCCGUAUUGCUGCUGUGGAGGCUCUCUGCAUGCUGGCCCAGUCUUCACCCUCUUUUGCUGAGAAGUGCCUUGAUUUCCUGGUUGACAUGUUUAAUGAUGAAAUUGAGGAAGUACGUCUGCAGUCCAUACAUGCCAUGAGAAAAAUCUCUAACAAUAUCACCCUCCGAGAAGACCAGCUCGACACUGUCCUGGCUGUGCUAGAGGAUUCAUCCAGAGAUAUUAGAGAGGCUCUUCAUGAACUUUUAUGCUGUACUAAUGUUUCAACCAAAGAAGGGAUUCAUCUUGCAUUGGUGGAACUGCUGAAAAAUUUAACCAAGUACCCUACUGAUAGGGACUCCAUAUGGAAGUGUUUGAAGUUUCUGGGUAGUCGGCAUCCAACCCUGGUGCUUCCCUUGGUGCCAGAGCUUCUGAGCACCCACCCAUUUUUCGACACAGCUGAACCUGACAUGGAUGACCCAGCUUAUAUUGCAGUUUUGGUUCUUAUUUUCAAUGCUGCUAAAACCUGUCCAACAAUGCCAGCAUUGUUCUCAGAUCACACCUUCAGGCACUAUGCCUACCUCCGAGACAGUCUUUCUCAUCUUGUUCCUGCCUUAAGGUUACCAGGUAGAAAACUAUUGUCAUCAGCUGUUUCUCCCAACAUCAUGCCUCAUGAGGAUCCUUCCCAGCAGUUUCUACAGCAGAGCCUCGAAAGAGUAUAUAGUCUUCAGCACCUGGACCCUCAGGGAGCCCAGGAGUUGCUAGAAUUUACCAUCAGGGAUCUGCAAAGACUUGGAGAACUUCAGUCUGAAUUGGCGGGAGUAGCUGACUUCUCUGCUACCUAUCUUCGCUGCCAGCUACUUCUCAUCAAGGCCUUGCAGGAAAAGCUGUGGAAUGUGGCUGCCCCUUUGUAUUUGAAGCAGAGCGAUUUGGCCUCAGCAGCAGCAAAACAGAUCAUGGAAGAGACCUACAAAAUGGAGUUCAUGUACAGUGGUGUGGAGAAUAAGCAGGUGGUGAUUAUACAUCACAUGAGACUGCAGGCCAAAGCUUUGCAGCUUAUAGUAACAGCACGAACUACUCGAGGAGUUGACCCUUUAUUUGGGAUGUGUGAAAAAUUUUUACAGGAAGUAGACUUUUUUCAGAGGUGUUUCAUCGCAGAUCUGCCCCACUUGCAGGAUAGCUUUGUGGACAAACUUCUUGACCUCAUGCCCCGACUCAUGACAUCCAAACCUGCAGAAGUUGUCAAAAUUCUGCAGACCAUGCUGCGACAGAGUAUCUUCCUGAACCUCCCCCUUCCAGAGCAGAUCCACAAAGCUUCGGCUACCAUCAUUGAGCCAGCGGGAGAGUCAGACAACCCUUCACGGUUCACAUCUGGUUUGGUGGUGGCCCUGGAUGUUGAUGCGACCCUAGAACAUGUGCAGGAUCCUCAGAACACUGUGAAGGUCCAGGUCUUAUAUCCAGAUGGCCAGGCUCAGAUGAUCCACCCCAAGCCGGCAGACUUCCGGAAUCCUGGCCCAGGGCGGCACCGGCUCAUCACUCAGGUGUACCUCUCCCACACUGCCUGGACAGAACCAUGUCAGGUGGAAGUGAGGCUGCUUCUGGCCUACAAUUCCAACGCCCGCAUUCCUAAAUUCUGGAUCGAGAGUGGUGAGGUGUCACCCCAGGUGGAAACCAGCAUCGAGGGCACCAUCCCCUUCAGCAAGCCUGUAAAAGUUUACAUAAUGCCCAAACCUGCAAGGCGCUGAGGCAAAAGCCGUCUGUAUAGCCAUGGCCUAGAAGGUCCUUCCUAGGUAUCAGAAUGAGCCACAGCCUACAGUAUUUCACCUGGAAGUGGUGUGUAGACAAAAGGAGUGGGUGACCCUUAUAGUCUCAUUUGAUAUCAAACACAGGAUAAAUUAACUGCCAGGGGUAGAGGCUUGUGCCUGUCAUUCCAGCUAUUCAGGAGGCUGACCUGAGAGGAUCGCUUGAGGCUAUAAGCUCUAGACCAGCCUAAGCAAUAUAGCAAGA